CGGGACAUCUCCCCCGCGCCCUCGCCUUGCUGGCGGCCAUGAAGAGGCAGAACGUGCGGACUCUGUCCCUCAUCCUCUGCACCUUUACCUACCUGCUGGUGGGCGCCGCCGUCUUCGAUGCCCUCGAGUCGGACCAUGAGAUGCGCGAGGAGGAGAAGCUCAAAGCCGAGGAGAUCCGGAUCAGGGGCAAGUACAACAUCACCAGCGAGGACUACCGGCAGCUGGAGCUGGUGAUCCUGCAGUCGGAGCCGCACCGCGCCGGCGUCCAGUGGAAAUUCGCCGGCUCCUUCUACUUUGCCAUCACGGUCAUCACCACCAUAGGUUAUGGACACGCUGCUCCCGGUACCGACGCAGGCAAGGCCUUCUGCAUGUUCUACGCUGUGCUGGGCAUCCCGCUGACCCUCGUCAUGUUCCAGAGCCUGGGUGAGCGCAUGAACACCUUCGUGCGCUACCUGCUGAAGCGCCUUAAGAAGUGCUGCGGCCUGCGCAACACCGACGUGUCGAUGGAGAACAUGGUCACCGUGGGCUUCUUCUCCUGCAUGGGAACGCUGUGCAUCGGGGCCGCCGCCUUCUCCCAGUGCGAAGAGUGGAGCUUCUUCCAUGCCUACUACUACUGCUUCAUCACCUUGACGACCAUCGGCUUUGGGGACUACGUGGCCCUGCAAAGCAGGGGCGCGCUGCAGAAGAAGCCAGUCUACGUGGCCUUUAGCUUCAUGUAUAUCCUGGUGGGGCUGACCGUCAUCGGAGCCUUCCUCAACCUGGUCGUCCUCCGGUUCUUGACCAUGAACAGCGAGGACGAGCGGCGUGAUGCUGAGGACAGGCCGUCCCUCACCGGAAACCAAGGCAGCACGGCCGUCCAGAUCGAGGAGGAGGAGCGGCCGUCCCGGCGCAGGUACUGGCUGGACUUCGCCGAUCUGCUGUCUGUGUGCACCUGCACGUGCUACCACUCGCAGCAGGACGGUGAUGACCCCCCCGAGGCAGAGCCGGAAGCCGCCAGUGCCGGGCCCCCCCCAUCCAUCUCUUCCAAGAUCGAGGAGAUCUCACCAAGCACAUUAAAAAACAGCCUCUUUCCGUCCCCUAUGAGCUCUGUCUCUCCUGGGUUACAGAGCUUUACCGCCGAGCACCACAGGCUGAUGAGACGUCGAAGGUCGAUUUAAGGGAACUAACUGCAGAUUCAAGAGAGGCGUCCAUGGAUGUUGGCUCUCACUGCCAAAGCCGGGCAAGGCUUCGGGAUUUGACUUCUCACGUGGACCUCUUCUGUGCUGGGCG